CAGCAGAUCUGCUGAGAGAGGGAAUGGGACUGCGAGCCUGGUGAGAAAUUAAGAGGCCUUGGGAAAAGGGGAUCACGUUGGAGGGAAUACAUGUUGGAGGGUGGGCACAAAAUGACAACCUCGCUUCCGCUGAAACCUGCCUGCCACCCCUGCAGCCUCCUAGGGCUCCUAGCCCUCUUCGUCGCGGGCAAAUGCAGUUAUACCCCGGAGCCCGACCAACAGCUGACGCUGCCACCAGGCUGGGUGUCCCUGGGCCGUGUGGACCCUGAGGAAGAGCUGAGUCUCACCUUUGCCCUAAGACAGCAGAACCUGGAAAAACUGUCCGAGCUGGUGCAGACUGUGUCGGAUCCUGGCUCUCCUCAAUACGGAAAAUACCUGACUCUAGAGGAUGUGGCUGAACUGGUCCGGCCGUCACCAUUGACCCUCCGCACCGUCCAAAAAUGGCUCUUCGCAGCUGGAGUCCAGAACUGCCACUCAGUGACCACACAGGACUUUCUGACCUGCUGGAUGAGUGUCCGACAGGCAGAGCUGCUGCUCUCUGGGUCUGAGUUUCAUCGCUAUGUGGGGGGACCUGCAGAGACCUAUGUUGUAAGGUCCCCACAUCCCUACCAGCUCCCGAAGGCCUUGGUCCCCCAUGUGGACUUUGUGGGGGGGCUGCACCGCUUCCCCCCCACGUCAUCCUUGAGGCAACGCCCUCAGCCACAGGUGGCAGGGACUGUUGGCUUUCACCUGGGGGUGACCCCAUCCGUGAUCCGUAAGCGAUACAACUUGACAGCACAAGAUGUGGGCUCUGGCACAACCAACAACAGCCAAGCCUGUGCCCAGUUCCUGGAGCAGUACUUCCAUGACUCAGACCUGGCUCAAUUCAUGCAUCUCUUCGGUGGAAACUUUGCACAUCAGGCGUCAGUAGCCCAUGUGGUCGGACAGCAGGGCCGGGGCCGGGCCGGGAUUGAAGCCAGCCUCGAUGUGGAGUACCUGAUGAGUGCUGGCGCCAACAUCUCCACCUGGGUCUACAGUAACCCUGGCCGGCAUGAGUCACAGGAACCCUUCCUGCAGUGGCUCCUGCUGCUCAGUAACGAGUCAGCCCUGCCACCUGUGCACACCGUGAGCUACGGAGAUGACGAGGACUCCCUCAGCAGUGCUUACAUCCAGAGGGUCAACAACGAGUUCAUGAAGGCUGCUGCUCGGGGUCUUACCCUGCUCUUUGCCUCAGGCGACAGUGGGGCUGGGUGUUGGUCGGUCUCUGGACGACACCAAUUCCGUCCUAGCUUCCCAGCCUCUAGUCCUUAUGUCACCACGGUGGGAGGCACAUCCUUCCAGAAUCCUUUCCAAGUCACAAAUGAGAUUGUUGACUAUAUCAGUGGCGGCGGCUUCAGCAAUGCGUUCCCACGGCCUUCAUACCAGGAGGAAGCUGUAGCCCAUUUCCUGAGCUCCAGCCCCAACUUGCCACCAUCCAGUUACUUCAAUGCCAGUGGACGUGCCUACCCAGAUGUGGCUGCACUCUCUGAUGGCUAUUGGGUGGUCAGCAACCACAUUCCUAUUCCAUGGGUGUCUGGCACCUCGGCCUCUACUCCAGUGUUCGGAGGGAUCCUGGCCCUGAUAAAUGAACACAGAAUCCUCAGUGGCCACCCUCCUCUCGGCUUUCUGAACCCCAGGCUCUACCAGCAGCGCGGGGCUGGACUCUUUGAUGUAACCCAUGGCUGCCAUGAGUCCUGUCUGAAUGAAGAGGUGCAGGGACAGGGUUUCUGCUCUGGCCCUGGCUGGGAUCCUGUGACAGGCUGGGGAACACCCAACUUCCCAGCUCUGCUGAAGACAUUAAUCAACCCAUGACCCUUUCCUACUGGGAGAGUGGGCCUGUCCCUGGCCCCGCAGCUGGUAACUUGUUUCCUUGUUCUGCACUGUUGGAAGCCCUGCUAAUCCUCACCUGCUGCAGACAAGCUUAUCUCCCUAACACCUGAAAUACUAUGAGUGUGACUUGGUUCCCAGCCCUACCCUUUUCCAUCAUACUCAGGUCUCCCUACCCCCACCUCAGGUCCCUCUGCAUAUGCUAUAACCAGUACUAUUUGGGAGCAUCCCCCUCCCCCACCCACUCCUUUCUCUUUGCAACCAGACUUCUCCAAAGGGUCGUCUACACUGUGUACAUGAUUUUACUUCAUGUUUGCACCUCAAUUCAUUGCAAUAGGACUUCUGCUCUCACUAUUUUACUCUUUACUCCCCUGACUCAGAAACAAUGGUCUCCCUGCCAUUUCAUCAAGUGCACACUUCCCAGUCUUUGCUUAUUUCUGUCAUAGUUGCCCACUCCCUCUCCUUCCUUAGCUUCUAGGGAUUACGUUCUUUUCUGGCCAUUCCAUCUCCCUCUGCUUUCUCAUUGAAUCUUGGUGUAUUUCAUUACUGCAACCUCAGUCUUUUGCUCUUCCCAUUCUACUCAGUCCCCUAGAACAAAUCAGUUAUUGUCAUCCACAGCCAUCACCAUCUCACUAAAUCAGACUUUUUAUCCAACAGUGAUGGAUACCUCAAAUGCAAGAUGUGCAGUUCUCAACAUUUCAUCUCUCUCCUUUGCCAUCCCAAACUAUUCCCUUUUGUUUCUUCUUGGUAAACGAUACUAUGCUUCUAACCAAGUCAGAGAGCUAAGUGACAUUCUAGACCCCCAUUUCCUUCACUUCUCCCCUUCAAUUAACAAGACCUACUGGCUUUACCUCUUAAAAAUAUCUUUAUCAAUCCACAAGCCCUGCCAAUUUUAUUUUCCAUGUAUAUCUAAAACUCGUCUAUAUUCUCUUCAUCUCCACUGCUACUACAUUAGCUUAAAGCCAUAUUCUCUCUCCUCUGCAUUGUAGGAGGCUCUUGGAAAAAAAAAUGACCUUCUUCCUGCCCUUCCCUAAACUAUCUUCCAGAGUAAAAUGAAAAUCUCAUCAAGCCAUUUACUUAAGACCCUUCACAAACUAUUGUAUAAAGUUCACGAUUUUUAUCAUGACUCACAGACCUGAUCCCUUCUUUGCUAUUUGUUCCUUAGUAACAAAUUGUUUAUCAUCCCCUGCUCUCCCUCCAAACAUAUUCUUUCACUUUUGCUCUUCCCACUACCCUGACUCCCCUUUGUUUGGUUGAUUUCCAGGAUUCUUUCCAGACUCAGCUCAGGAGCCACCUUCUCUUCUGAACCUUUUUGCUCCCUGAAGCUAGUUGAUUUUGGUAUGGCUCAAAAUAUCCUAGAUUUUUGAAACCAAACCUGUUUGAUUCUUGUUUCUAAUACAAACUAGUGGAGCAUCUUGGGCAACUAAGUUCAUCUCCCUAAGCCUAUUCCUCACUUGUUAAGUGGAGAUGUCUAUACCUCUCAUAAUAAUCAGUGAACAAUUAAGUGGAAUAAAGGUAAUGGAGUACCUGAUACACAGAAGUAGGCUGCAGAUGUUAAUUCCCCCCCCCCUUUUUUUGCACUGCACACUCCGUGUCUACCUCUAGUAUUGUAAAUCCCACAUAGUAUUGAAAUUGCCAGUUGAUCUAUUCGCCUCCUUUUCCAAGACCGUUGGUGCCUAGAGGACUAGAAUUUUGUUUUACCUAACUUUGAUUCCCAGGCCCCUAGCUCAGGAUUAACAAAUGGGAGUGAAUAAAUGUCUGCUACAUUGAAAACUU